AUGUCUAAACGACAUCGCUUGGAUUUAGGCGAUGAUUACUCGUCGAGCAAAAAGAGAUCUUCUGACGGAAAAGAUCGUGAUCGAGAUCGUGAUGACCGGUCGAAGGACAGGGAUCGUGACAGAGAUCGGGACCGGGAUAGAGAGAGGGACAGAGACAGGGAAAGCAAGGCCCCCAGCAUGACUCUGAACUCGAGCCUAGCGGCUGGAGGAGGCAUGCUUCCUCUUAAGCAAGCGGCUGUUCAUCAGCAGAUCAACCCCUUCACCAACCUGCCACACACACAGCGCUACUAUGAGAUCCUUAAGAAACGCCUUCAGCUGCCUGUCUGGGAGUACAAAGAGCGCUUCAAUGACAUCCUCACCCGCAACCAGAGCUUUGUGCUGGUGGGAGAGACCGGGUCUGGGAAGACCACACAGAUCCCUCAGUGGUGUGUGGACAUGGUCCGGUCUUUGCCGGGGCCUAAGCGGGGUGUAGCCUGUACUCAACCCAGAAGAGUGGCAGCCAUGAGUGUGGCUCAGAGAGUGGCAGAUGAGAUGGAUGUCAUGCUGGGACAAGAAGUCGGUUACUCCAUCAGAUUUGAGGACUGUAGUUCUGCAAAAACCAUCCUCAAGUACAUGACCGAUGGUAUGUUGCUCCGUGAGGCCAUGAACGACCCCCUCCUUGAGCGAUAUGGUGUUAUUAUCCUGGAUGAGGCUCAUGAGCGCACACUGGCCACAGAUAUUCUGAUGGGUGUCCUCAAAGAGGUUGUUCGCCAGAGGGCGGACCUAAAGGUUAUUGUCAUGAGUGCCACCCUGGAUGCUGGAAAGUUCCAGGUGUACUUCGACAACUGCCCCCUGCUCACUAUUCCUGGCAGAACACAUCCUGUGGAAAUCUUCUACACACCGGAGCCAGAGCGAGACUACCUGGAGGCAGCCAUCAGAACGGUUAUCCAGAUCCACAUGUGUGAGGAAGACGAGGGAGAUGUUCUGCUUUUCCUCACAGGACAGGAGGAAAUCGACGAAGCUUGCAAGCGGAUCAAACGGGAAAUUGAUGACCUGGGCCCGGAGGUAGGAGACAUCAAAAUCAUCCCACUCUACUCCACGCUCCCACCCCAACAGCAGCAGAGGAUCUUCGAGCCUCCUCCGCCUCGCAAGCCCAACGGAGCCAUCGGCAGGAAGGUCGUGGUAUCCACAAACAUUGCUGAGACGUCCCUGACCAUCGACGGCGUGGUGUUUGUAAUUGAUCCUGGCUUUGCCAAGCAAAAGGUGUAUAACCCCCGAAUCAGGGUGGAGUCACUGCUAGUGACUGCUAUCAGCAAAGCAUCAGCCCAGCAGAGGGCGGGGCGAGCUGGACGUACACGUCCAGGGAAGUGCUUCCGCCUCUACACUGAGAAGGCAUACAAGACUGAGAUGCAAGAUAACACGUACCCAGAGAUUCUCAGGUCCAACUUGGGCUCUGUGGUGUUACAGCUGAAGAAACUAGGUAUUGAUGACCUGGUGCACUUUGACUUCAUGGACCCACCAGCUCCUGAGACCCUGAUGCGUGCUCUGGAGCUGCUGAACUACCUUGCGGCACUGAAUGAUGAUGGAGACCUGACAGAGCUGGGCUCUAUGAUGGCUGAGUUCCCUUUGGACCCUCAGCUGGCUAAAAUGGUCAUUGCCAGCUGCGAAUUCAACUGCUCCAAUGAGAUCCUCUCAAUCACAGCCAUGCUAUCAGUCCCACAGUGCUUCGUGCGCCCAACUGAGGCUAAGAAGGCGGCUGAUGAGUCGAAGAUGAGGUUCGCCCACAUUGACGGGGACCACCUGACCCUGCUGAAUGUCUACCAUGCCUUCAAACAGAACCAUGAGUCAGUGCAGUGGUGCUAUGACAACUUUGUGAACUACCGCUCACUGAUGUCCGCCGAUAACGUACGGCAACAGCUGUCGCGCAUCAUGGACCGCUUCAACCUGCCACGGCGCAGCACCGAGUUCACCAGCCGAGAUUACUACAUCAACAUCCGCCGCGCGCUUGUCACUGGCUUCUUUAUGCAGGUGGCCCACCUGGAGCGUACAGGGCACUAUUUGACGGUGAAGGACAACCAGGUGGUCCAGCUGCACCCCUCCACUGUGCUGGACCACAAACCUGAGUGGGUGCUCUACAAUGAGUUUGUGCUGACCACCAAGAAUUACAUCCGCACCUGCACAGACAUCAAACCUGAGUGGUUGGUCAAAAUUGCACCGCAGUACUAUGAGAUGAGCAACUUCCCUCAGUGUGAAGCCAAGAGGCAACUGGAGCGCAUUAUUGCUAAACUCCAAACCAAGGAAUACUCUCAAUACUAAAUGCCCUGGUUGGCUUAAGGACAAUAUGAAAUUUAACCCUCAGCUCUCCAUGAGGUUUCCUCUCUGAACUCUGAAAGUUGUAUAUUGUCAUCUUUUCAACAUUAGGUUGCCAUUUAUAUAUUUUUUUUUUUUUUCUGUUCUGUUUCAGUUUAUUGUUAAGAUUAUUUUUAUAAGAUUUUUUUUUUCUUGCUCCCAUCCCUUCCUUUUUUGAUCACCCGAGAUAGCGUAUUGCAAAGUGGUCACUGUAGGCACUAAGGAUUGGUUAAAUUGGGAGCGAAUGCUCAACAGGGAUACAGUCAUCGACCAUCUUUAUGCAUGAUCAUUCAUGUGGAUGUUGACAUUCCUUAUAAACAUUGUGAACUUUUACUGAUGUAACUGAGUAGACAAGUCCUUGUUUAUUCUGUUAAAAAAAAGCUUUGAAUUCAAUAAAAACUAUUGAUAUCAGUU